GUGAACUCACACCUUUUUGCAGCUUAUUCGUACAUCUCAGCGCGAUGCUACCACAGAGGCCAACGCCAACGGCUAAGCGCUCACCAUCUAUUCUCGUUACUGAUGCGAGAAACCCAAACUACCGAAGUGCUCCGUUUGCAGGUGCAGCUCACAACAACUCUCUGUCGAAGAGUUCGAGGUUGAGGAAGAGAGGAAGCUCGUCUAAGUUCAGUGAGAUAUCCGUGUCCAAUAUCCUCUCUGACUACAGUGAUAUUCCGUCUGGAAGACGCGAGGAGAGGCUGUCCAGUGGUUCCUUGAGCUUGGGUGACCACAGGAGGUAUACAAAGCCGUUCCAGACUCUUCCUUCAAGAACGUCAAAGACUUCUCAGAAGCUGGUUUUAAUCCCCGAAGAAGAGGAUAGACACCAUGUCAAUAUGGCUAGAGGGACGUCGAGGUCCAAAGCUGAGCGUAUGUCAAAGGAGAAAAGAGGCCGUAACUUAUCAAGGGUCACGGCGUACCUCGUAUCCGAUAUCUUCAACCUGAAGGAAACCUCUAAGUUCUUGAAGCAAACACAUGAUAUAUUACCAAGAGUAUACGACGAGGUACUGUACUGUCCUUACUGUCUUCCCUUAUUGCCCGGGAAGGACGGGUUCAGGAUUAAAUCCAAUUUGAGUGCUAAGAAUGCCAAAGGUGAAACGUACAUGGAACGUCUUAUCGAUACAUCUGAGCGCAGAGAUCAUCACUAUGAGUACUACAGUGGUGUUGAAACUCCAGAAGAUGCCAAUAAUAAUUAUGAAAUCGACAAGCCAGCCGAAGAUGAAGAAGGCACAUCUGGUCCCUUUGAUCCAUCAGAACCCCAGUAUUUUGCCGAAGCCACGAUGGAAGAGGCACCGCAGUUGGCCAAAUCCGUCGAGAUGAUCAAACAUCAUGCUGAAAUGUUCAUAUUCCAGUACGGUGUUGUUGUCUUUUGGAACUUUACUGAAGUUCAAGAGAAGAAUAUCCUUGGAGAUAUUGCAUUUGCCAGAAACGAAAACGAUAGAAAUCAACUUGUCAUACGUCCUCUAGAUGAAAACGACAUUGAAACUGAGCAGUUCCACUUUGAGUACGACAUGGACACGGAAAGACCCAGAAUCUUCAACGAUAUGAUCACUCUAAGGUCUGGUGAUCAUCUUAUCAAGCUAACAAUGUCGCAUGCCAUUGCCCAGAGUACAAAACUCUCGAGGUUCGAAUCCAGGAUAUCACCAAUCUUGUACUCUGUUUCGAAACUGCCCAAGAGAUUGGCACUCACGGGUAAACUAGGACUGAAGCGUGAGCAGUUGAUCAAAAAGUCUGGUAAACUGUUCAAGCUAAGAGUCGACGUCAAUCUCUCAUCCUCUGUGUUGGAUACACCAGAGUUCUUCUGGUCAUUUGAGCCUUCUUUACACCCUCUGUACAACGCCACCAGAGAAUACCUCGAAAUAGAUCAAAGAGUUGAGGUGUUGAACGAUAGGUGUAAGGUAUUUUUAGAAUUCAUCGACAUCGUUGCAGACUCCAUCGCCGAGAAGAACAUGACAAGGAUCACGUAUAUGAUCAUUUCCGUCUUCUUCCUCUCGUUGAUUGUGAGCUCUAUCGAGAUCUUCAUCAGAUACAUGAUCAUUCGGAGGAGUAAAACUAGUUAGUUGACUACAUAUAGAAACGUCACCUUUGUCACAUCUGUU